AUGAAUUAAUUAUAAUUAUCAUAAGCAUAGUCACCAAGAGAAAGUAAUUUCGAUUAUGAUGAAUAACCUCAAACACAAUCUAUUUAAUUAAUUGAGAAUAGAGCAGCACUUUCAAUUAUCACUAAUGUAAUCAAACUCAUAUAAAGAAUUUAGAUAUAAAUUUUAGUUGCUAUAUUUUAAAUAUUGUUAAUACUUUUUAAUUCGUAUAUCGCCUUUGAUUUAAGCUAUAAGAUCUCCCUUCUAUAUGUGACAAUUUUGCAUUUCCUGUAAAUCAUUAGGAUCGGAGUUAAUAAUAACAAGUAAAAUUUAACAAAUUCAAUUGCUUAGAAGAAUAUAAAAUAAUCAAUAAUGUUGCAUUUCGGUAUUUUGGGGAGUUCUGUCCAUUUCCUAUUAUGUACUUUAUACUAUUAGCUUUUAAGGGAUGCUUGAUUUAUUUCUUAGAGAAUGACGAUUUUCCAAUUCAGUACCCAAUAUUGAUGUAUUUGAUUUUCACUCUUACUUGGUUUGUUCUGACACUAAACAACUAUUUAAAAAAUAAAAAUGAUAAAAACUUUAUAUUAAUAGUAAUAUAUGCAGAUUUACCUUUUAGUUGUAAGUUUUAUUCAGAUUUUUUUUCGUUCUCCAAUUGAUGAUGAUUAAUCUGAAAUAAAUUUAAUGGAUAGAUUGGGAUUGGAUAUAUGUAUUUACAAUACUUUGGAUGUUCUUGUCAAUUAUUUGCAUAUUUCAGCUCAUUUUUUUGUUUGAUUUCAUCUGCAAAGCAGCAUCCUUCUUGCAAGAAAGAGAUCCAAUCAACAGAGAAGCAUUUAAUCAGUAGAGUAUGCAUAUUGAGUAGGUUUAGUUAUAGGAUCAUUAUGGAUUAAUUUACUAAUCUUAUGCGUAUCUGGACUUCCAACUUUUAGUAUGGUGUGCUAUACAAUUAAAUUGUAGACUGGAAAAAAUAGUUACAAUACUCUUUCAAUUACAUUAUCAGUCAUAUAUUCCCUAGUAUUCAUUGUCUUUACAUUGUACUAUCGAAUCUCUUUGAGGUUUAAAUUCAAUACUUAUUAAAGUCAAUUCGUAUCUCAAAUCCAACAAUCCAGAGUGGUAGAAAAUAACGUUGAAAACAAUGCUGACAAUCAAUAAAGAUAUCAAUUAAAUUCUCCAAGUUCUAAACAUAGAAAUCAUUUAAUCAAAAGUAAAGAAUAGAUUCUAACUCAUCUCCCCUAAUAUUUGGUAUUUAAUUUAUGUGUAAGGCCAGAUUAGAUUAUCACAAACUUACUUUAUGCCAGCUAACGAUAAAGAUAAAGAUAAUGCCUCAUAAUAAAAGCAACCCUAAAAAUUCUAAUUUGAAUAAUAGCAUUUCAAAAGGAACAAAACAGAUCAAGACUAACCAAAAUUUAGUAAUCGCAAUUCUCUUACUGAAAUUAAUUCGGACAAAGAUACAUAAUGCUUUAAUUGUUAUUAAAAUGAAAGCUGUGCAGUUUAUAUGCCAUGUGGACAUGGUGGAUUAUGUGUGAAAUGUGCCACAGAAUGGUUUAACGAGAAAUAAGAAUGUUUAAUUUGCAGAAAAGUAAUCAUUUCCUAUAAGUUUUAUUUAGCCUGUUGAAUCUGUUAUACAAAUUUCUUAGUCUGAACAAAAUAAAGUAUAGGUGAUAGAUGUUUUAGCAUUCUGA